AUGCAAGCUAUCUCAAGUGACUGCUGCCAACAGCAGGAUUCUGCUGUUAAUUCUGCCAGCCAAGUCGAAUUUGGAAAGAAUCAGGCCCAAAUUAAUCAUGGAAAGAUAGCAGCACUGAUUCUUGCAGGUGGGCGAGAUUCCUCGUGUGCGUCCAAAACUGAUAUUAUUCCAGUUUUGCAUUUGUUUCAUGAUACUCGCUACAGCGCUGCUCAGCUUGAGACAUCCCCAGAGGUUUCGAACCAGAUCUCUGGAUUGUUGCAGGGACUGGCCGGCUGCGAGUUAUUAAAAUUUGUUUCUCUGCUUGAAAUAGAGUUGCUUACAUCUCUUUGGUUCUUAUAA